CCAUUUCCCAAGUUCCACAGAAGCUGCCCGACUGGGAACAAGUUGCCAUGGCCAGCCACUCUCAGGGAAUCCACCAGCUCCUUCAGGCAGAGAAAAGGGCCAAAGACAAGCUAGACGAAGCCAAAAAAAGAAAAGGGAAACGAUUGAAGCAAGCCAAAGAAGAAGCAAUGGCAGAAAUCGACCAGUACAGAAUGGAGAGAGAGAAAGAGUUACGGCUGAGAGAGUCUAAGACAAUGGGCUCUCAGAGCAACAUCUCAGAUGAACUAGAAGACCAAACACGACACAAGAUACAAGAGCUGAAUGGAAGCUACAACCGGUGUGUGGAGAGCGUGACUGCACAGCUUUUGAGCAUGGUAUGUGACAUGAAACCAGAAAUCCACGUUAACUACAGAGCCACCAAUUAAAUGAACAACACCCUGUGUGAUAAAUGAAGUGUGGGUGCCUCCCGCUUGCUUGUAGCUUUAUGUUUGUAUUAAAGAAUUGAAAUGUUAACCUUCUUAUUUGGACAUAUGCAAACUUCAGUGUGACAUAAUUCACACGUAGGCAUUGAAUUAAACAAAUUUUUUUAUCAUUCCAGAUACAGUUGUGACUUUGUCAUCUAAUUUGGAGAAAGUCAAGAUAGCAGAUAAUA